AUGCGGCUGCAGGAAGACCGGGAGAGGCAAAAAGCUCGAGCAGGCUCACAUACAGCUCCUAUCACUCAUGAACCUGCAUACAAUGAGUAUGUAAGGCCCGACGAAGGUUCAUUCAUGCUACACAAAGAGACUCCUGAAAAUGAGCGUGUCCUGCCACCUACAUUUCAGCCAAACGAUAUCAAGACCAAAUAUCAUCCGCGCAGUGGCAUUGCCAUGAAAAUUGAUCACAUUGCUGAUUUCCACCACCACGCUGCCACUUGCUCACAAGUACCUGAAAAUCUCAUACCUUGGGAACCCUUUUCAUCACGCAUCGACUUCAACUUUGUGGAACUGGUCCUGAAAACAAACCUUACUAAAGUACAGACCAAUGAGCUUAUUAGUCUCAUCUGUCACACUGCAUUUGAACAAUUCUCAGUCACUGACUACAACAGCAUUUGUAAGAUGUGGGAUGCAGCAUCCCCUCGCCAUGCAAAAUUCAAAAAGGAGGUAAUUUUGGUCUCGCAUAGGGACCAGGAGUAUACAUUUGAUGUUUGGCAUAGGCCGCUCUGGGACUGGGCUUGUGAUUUGUUGAAAGACCAUCGCCUUGGUCCACAUUUUGUAUUUGAUGCCCAACGCCUGUACAAAUAUGAUGGACAAGACUUUGUGCAUUUUUUUGAUGAGCCAUGGACCACUAAUGCUUUUUGGGAUAGUCAAUCAUCUUUGCUGAAGGAUGAAGGAAAACCCUUCACAUUUAUCAUAUAUGCUGACAAGGCGAAACUCUCAUCAUUUGGUUGUCAAAAGGCAUAUCCUGUCAUUGUGCGAUGUGCAAACCUACCUGUUGGGAUACGCAAUGGUGAAGGGUUUGGUGGUGGUCGACUCGUCGAAGAAGAUAGGCAAUAUUCUGGAACGCAGUCCUGGGUCAAUUUCAAAAAUGUUGUCUGGCAUGAAUCAUUUAAGUGUCUUCUCAAAUCACUUGCACCACUUUCAAAAACAGGCUUUUGGGUUAAGUGUUGGGAUGGUGUUGAAUCUGACUAUGAGGAACAGUUUCUAACAGCUGUUCUACAGAUGUGUCAUGACCUUGAUACGCAGAACAAAUUGCAAGUUCCCUUGUCCUAUAUUGCUCACACGGAUGUCUAUUCUGCGGUCUCAUUUGACCGCUUGCACGUAAAUAAUGAAGGCAAUUUCUCUGAUCAUCUUUGGACCCAGUUUCAAGAACACAUCAAAUUAGUCGGCCAGCAGGCACAGGCCAAAAUUGAUGAACACUUUGACUUGAUGCCACAUUGGCAAAACCUCAACCACUUCAACCACAUCAUGGAUAUAUCUUUUUCUGACGGCUCAAAGUAUGAAGAUAUUUCAAAGAUCAUUGUAUUUGCAGCCCAUGAUGUCAUCAACCGAGCCUCCGAAUCUCAUGAGCUCCCUUAUCUGCUUCUUUGUUGCAUGCGUGAAUAUGUUUAUGUUGACAUGUAUGCAGCUCUCGAAGUACAUACAUCCAAAACCAUUGUUGCAGGCCAUCAAGCUGUGAAAGAGUUUACACAACUGUUGGAUCAAUAUAGUGAGAAGGACGACUCAGGGAAGAACUGGGCUCACCCAAAACGACAUGCGCACACUCAUUUGUUUGAUGAUAUCGAGGCAAAAGGUGCUACGCACAACACAAACACCAAACCAAAUGAGAAGUGUCAUGGCCCGAUCCGACAAACUUAUCUUUGGUGCACAAAUUUCAAAAACAUUGCUGAACAGAAAGCUGAUUCCCGCUGGGCUCAGCAGAAAUUGUACUACCUAGACAACAAAUAUUUAGAGUAUGACGGUGAACAAAUGGUAAUAUUUCACAAUGCAACUAAGAACUACGAGAAUAUUCUGGGUGAUCCGCAGAGUCGGGAAAUGGCUCCUAACUACUGGAUGAUGAUUGCUACGGGUCACUACAGAGUAUUUAAACACAAGGUGCUGUGGACAUGUAAUAAUGCGGUACAAAUGUCAGAAAACAUGCACGGGAAUAACUACGCACCUAGUGAGGCCAGUUUGGAUGGACAGGACACGGGAUGGACAAGCAGUGAGGACAAUGAAGACGACCUCAACAGUGAUCCUGACAAUACUGUCCACAUUAAGUUAGGUGCAGCGCAAAAUGAGCAGACAUUUGAAGACUUGGAGCGACUGCAUGCAAAUGACAAUGUACUUUCUGAGCUAUACAGUCUACUUCCAUCGCAUAUCCACCCUCUUGUGGUAGAUCACCACUUCACUGAUGGUAAACUUCUUGGUAUCUCAGUAUCACAGCGAACUCUGAAGCCCUUCCCACCUGUCCUUUUUCCCAACCUGGUUGAAGAUGCAUCACUCAAAACGAUCUUUGGAAACUGGCAAGUCUUCGGAAAGAUCAUCCAUAUAGUACCAUGGGGAGGACCUCCAUGUAAUGGUAAUAAGUGGGAGAUAACUUCCUUGACACCUGGUUUAUUGGCAUGGGCAGCAGUUGUUGUUAUAUUUCUGCUUAGUGCUGACAAAGAGUUUCACUAUUCUGGCAAGGGUGAGACCACAAGGAUCCAAUAUAGCUACAUGUUCUCGUUGUACAAGAAGAUUAUCAUCAAGAACUGGAAUACAGAAUACACGCGUGACAUCAUGAAGGAACUCAAUAGUUUUAUUUUCACCAAGGGUUCGAGAAUGGUUGAUUCAAUGUCAGAUGAAGAGGACUUCACAGCAGUAAUGGAUCAUGCCUUGGCAGGCAUAACUGAAGGUGAGGAGAACGCCGUGAUACACGAACUGAUACAGGAUAUGAUGGAUGAAACAGUUGCUGAUGAUGAGCAUAGCGGAGGCAGAUCUAGAGCUAAUAGUGCUCUUACAGAACCUGAGGACAAAGUUAUUACAAAUGUUGCACCUAGACAUGUCAGGGGUCACCAAAGGGGCAGGGGAAACCAGUGUUCUGUAUCCAGUACCACUCGCACCACCUGCAACACUGGUACUUAG